ACGUCUUUCUCUUCCGGUUCAAAUGUCCUCAGCGUGGUUCCCUUGAUGUUUUCUCGCGUGUGAGACUUCUCUGUGGAGAAACUACUAUAAAUAAGUAAAAUUAACAGCGUUUUUAGUAGAACUAAAAUGGCUUCGUUGGCCAUAAUGUCAAAGUUAUUCUAAAAACGCUCGUAGAGGUGUAAAAUCGGCCUCAUCGGUAGUAAAUCUAAGCGACUACCACACUUACAGCUGGACUUCAGAACUACCAGGCGUGUGUCUUUCCUGGACGAAGAUGGGUGAGUUCAAAGUGCACCGGGUCCGGUUCUUCGACUACAUGCCCAGUGGGAUCCGAGCCUUGGCGUUUAACCGAGGCACGGAGCGACUGGCCGUGGCCCGAGAUCAGGGGUCUGUGGAGCUCUUCAACUUCCCUGACAACUACUGCCAAGAAAAGGUUAUCCCAGGACGAGACGGCCGGUCAGUAGAGGCUCUGUGCUGGGUUGGCUCUCGGCUAUUUAGUGUUGGUUUGGAUGGACUCAUCACAGAGUAUGACUUGGACAACCUGAGACCUAAGUACACAGUGGAGGCCUAUGGUGGACCAGUCUGGAGCAUCAGCUGCAACCUCGAGGGGAACCUGCUUGCAGUUGGUUGUGAAGAUGGGACAGUCAAAAUCUUUGAAGUAUUGGAUGACAGAAUUCAAUUUCAAAGAAAUCUGGACAGACAGAAAGGUCGUAUAAUUUCUGUGAGCUGGCAUCCAUCUGGGACAAAGAUUGCUGCUGGUAUGAUGGACAUGAUCCGAAUAUUUGAUGCUGAAACAGGCCAUGCAAUACACAGACUGCUGGUUGAGAGAGGUGUAGGUACUGCUAAGAACAGAGAGGUGGUGGUGUGGAGUUUAGCUUAUCUUUCUGAUAACACCAUCAUCAGCGCAGACUCAGCAGGGAAAGUUCAGAUCUGGGACGGUCUCACGGGAACACUGAUCCGGAGUCAUUAUAUCACUAAAUGGGAUGUCCUUGCCUUGUCUGUUGCACAUGAUGAGAGCAGUCUAAUUGCUGGGACAUCAGAAGGCACCGUUGUCCAGUUUCAGUUCCUCUCCUCUGGGGAACAGCAGGACAAAGAGUGGAUCCGAACCAGGACUUUUAAAAACCACACCCAUGAUGUCCGGGCCCUGGUCCUAACUGAUAUAGCUGUUGUCUCUGGAGGUAUGGACACUCAGUUGGUAGUGCGUCCCCUGCUGGAUAAAGUUGAAAAGAAUACAGCUGAGUCUGCACUGCGCAAAAUAGUUUUCCCCUUUAAAAGUUUAGUUAGUUGUGCGAAGAAGGCUGGAUUGCUGCUCUUCCAGUUUCCAGACCAUUUGGAGGUUUGGAGACUUGGAGAAAGUGAGGGAUACGGGAAACCUGGAGAAUGUCUGCUAAUCAAAAGGAAACCAGAAAAACUGAUUCAUCUGAAACGGAAGGGUGAGGAUCAUAUCUGCUCCAGUGCUCUGUCUCCCUGUGGAAGCUGGCUGGCCUACUCGACCACCUCCAGUGUUCGACUCUACAGAUUACAACACAGUGGAAACAACAUAAGCAUCAGCAAGGUUUCCAAGCUCCCUAAAUUCCUUUGUUCAGCCCAUCAGCUCUGCUUCUCCCCUGAUUCCACCAAACUCUUUGCCUCCUCCACCCAGUCCUCAGUCAUUGUAAUAUCCCUCGGUCAGUCAGAGUGUAAAUAUGUCCACACUCUCGCAACAAAAUCGGGUUCCCGACAACCGGUUCAUCUUUUAGCUCCUAGUGAGGAUGGAAAAUGGCUUGCAACAGCCAACACAGACUGUGAAGUCCAUGUGUACAACCUCAACAAGCUAAAGCUUCACUGCACAGUUCCGGUGUAUGGCUCCUGUCCCACAGCAAUUGCCAUUCAUCCAAUGACCAGCAACCUUGUGAUAGUGCAUGCAGACAAGCAGGUAUUUGAGUUCUCUUUGGGACAGAAAGAGUACACAGAGUGGAGCAGAAAGUUGCAGAAACAAGGACUGCACCCUCAUUGGUUGGAGCGAGACACACCCAUCAGCCACAUCUUCUUUAACCCUAAAAACUCAAAUCACAUAAUCAUGCAUGACGUCUACAUGUUGUGUGUCAUUGACCAGAGUUUGCCUUUUCCAGACCCAAAAACAAGGCUUUACAAUCAGAUGAGUCUCAGAGGUCUUCCAGAGGCCGAAAGAGUCCGACACAGCCAUGCAUUUAAGAUCUGUAAAAGUUUUCAGGAUGUUUUGAGUGUAAUCUCAUUGGAGGACCAAUCUCUGGUGAUAGUGGAACGUCCCCUGUUGGAUAUUAUGUCUCAGCUGCCCGCUCCAGUUCUGCAGAAAAAGUUUGCCACAUAAUUUUAUUUCUUGUCUCAAAAGUGAUAAUAAUAAACAUUAUUUACUGAAUGGAAGUUUUCAUUCCAGAC